CAGGUUUGGGAAAAAAUGACGCCCUUCAGUAAAGCUCGACACAUAAAAAGGGACAGAAGGCAGGUGACAGUCUCGAGGAGCGCAGUUCAUCCACAGAGUCGGCGGCUUUGGCUUCGGGACGCAAAGACCUCGCGUGGCACAGAGCGACCGGAAGGACCUUCACAGGACAAAGAUGUAUGCCAAAGGCUUAAUUUCCCUGGCGUCCUUCUGGACAGUUGCCAUGCUCCUUGGGCGGACUUCUGGAGAAGAGGUGGCCUGCCUGCAGGAUGAGAAGCAUAAGGAUGUACCAGGGCCAGAGCCAGAGCUCCAGGAAUGCCAGCUUUACUCGGGCAACGCUUGCUGCAUGUCAGAAGAGAUAGAAGAACUCGGCUUGACUUCGGGCCUCUGGGACCAGUGCAGAAGCCCUAGCCCCAGGUGCGAGGACUUUCUGAAGCGCCUCUCUUGUUUCUACUACUGUUCACCUGAUGCAGCUCUCUGGUCUCGGCAAGAUCUACAGACAGCAGAUUCAGAGAGCACCAUGGGCAGCCUGCAUCUGAUUCAAGGUGUGCCUCUCUGCCUCACCUUCUGUCAGCAAUGGUUUGAGGCAUGCCAGGAUGACUUAACAUGCACACGGACCUCCAACUGGACUCUCCAGGGACAAAACUGCAGCAUAGACUGUGUGACCUACAGACAGAUGUACAGUGGUGGUCCAGAGCUCUGUGAGACCAUGUUUGGCAGCUCCUUCAGAGCAGAGCCAGAUGACAGCUCCUGCGGCUGUCUGCAUCUCAAUGCCUCAGAUCAAGAGGUUACAGAGAAGCUACGAGUGGAGUACUCGAGCAAUGGUGAGCUUGACACUACCAAGCUUGGUGAACAGCUUAAUGAGCCAUCUUGUCGCCGGCAGAUCCGCCCAGCUUCAUCACUGGGUGAAAAAACUGCCAGCUACAGGCUGCACAGGAGAGCGGUGGCCCCCAGCUUCAUCGAAGACAUAGAAGGCAGUGGCAGUGGCUUCUAGAACAUCAACUUCAACAAGCCCUCCAGCAACCAGUCCAUGCUGUCAUCCUGAGAACAAGCAGGGGAGUGGGUGGGGGUGGCAGUUAAAUAAAGUGACUUAUAGUCACUCAGUGGCAUCCAAGUUUGUCUCUAAAUGUUAACCCUGCACUCAAGUAAGCUCUGUCACCUUCUAAAGAUCAAUAUGUUCAGAUUUUGGCAAGCCACUUGUCCCUUUAUAGUUAGUCGAGAAAUGCAUUUUAGGUUAAUGGGCUCUUCUUAGCAUGACAGCUGUACUGCACAAUUUAAAGUCUGGCAGUCUUAUUAAGAUGAUUUUUAGAUCCCUAUACAGUGUAUUUAUUCUUUAAUUAGAGCUUCAAAGAAUUCACAAAGCAAAACUAAAUUUACAUAGCACAUUUCAUAAUGAACACUACGCCAGGGCACUUUUUUUUUUUACAUGAUAUUUAUUAGUUCUUAACAUUAAAAUGCUUGCCUUUACAAACUUUAUAGAGCAAAAUCAACUUGUGCAUCAGUGGAGGAAUCUAGCAUGGUCUGUUUGGCAAUUCUGUUAUUUACUUUUUUUAAAGUACGGAUCUCAAUGGGGAAAAAAGGUUGAACCAGACUGGUGAAAUUCACUCGGGUGUUUUUUGAGUUCAUUUUACUCAUUGGCUACUUGGCACAAAUGGCAGUCCAAGACGCAAAGGUGAUGAACUGACUGUCUUGAUGAUUCAGACCGAUUUGUCAGAUACGCCCAACUGACCGAUGCCAACAUGCAAUAUUUGGAAUUCUUUAUGCAAUUUGUUUCUUAAUCCCCACUGUUUACUGCACACAUCACAGGUGAGCGCCUCAAAAUGCACAAGCACCCAUCACCAGGCCUUGGGGCUAAUGAAUGAAUUUUCUUGACGUUCUGAAAAGGUUUGUACCUUGACUGUAAAAAAUAAAUUGUUUAAUGAUUGGCUCUGUUUUGUGAUGCUCAUCUCACCGUUUCAGUCAGCAGAACACAACUUAAAUGUCACUUUAUAAUCAGCACCCAUAACUGCAUGAAAGUGACGACAAAAUGUGCUUCUCUUGGUAAAACUACAUUGUAAAUAUCAAGGCACCACUGCUACAGCCCUUCAAUGGUUUGACAUUACCUGAACGUUGAAACUGGGGCAGAAGACUUGAUGCACAGGAUUAGUAAACACGGUAUUUCCAGGGCCUUGAAGAAAAGUCCACUUUUAUUAUUAAAAGGUUGUGGCAUGAUUACCAGGCUUAGAGGUGACAGGAAAGGAUGGCCAGAACGCACGCUUUGUUAAGCUUCAAAAAACACAUAAUCUGGGCUUUAUCACUAUGGUGCUGUUGUGUCACCAUCAUGCUAUAAUAAUGCCAACCGGGAACCGACACAUUCACUGCUUUGAUCCUUAAUUACCUGCAAGCACAGGCGUCGUCUUGUUUAUCUUUCAUAGCUGAGAGACUGUUUCCCUUUUGUAAAAUGUGUAUUAUGCACUUGGUUGGAAAAAUAUCCACGCUUAUCAGAUAGCCCUGUAAAUAUAAUUAAAUGGAACGCCACUAAAUAUCCUCAUCAUGACCACAAGUGCCCACCCAAAACCAGAAUCUGCCCCGAUUGUGUGUGCCAUGAACAGCUCACACUUUAAUCAGGAUCUGAGCAAAAAGUUAAAGAAAUUGUCAAGAUUAGAAC